CAGGUGCCGGAAGAGGUUGUGCCAGCCAAAUAUACCAGAAUAAUCAGCGAAAUGUCCGACAACGACAAAAUCGUAAACCCCAACGAGCAUCUGAUCAUUCCGGAUUGGAUCAAUGAAAAGUACUUCGAAGAAGUUCUGGCCAAGGACGAACCGGAUCAUGCUAAAGUACUCAAAUUCAACGUAGUGGCGGCUAUUCCGCCUGGGGAGAACUUCACCUCGACCAUGCUAAGGGUCUACAUUAAGCUGCAAAUGAAAGAUGGCAGCGUCAAGACAAAAACAUAUAUUUUCAAGACGAUGCUGCCCGAGGAGCGCGGUGGCAGCGACAUCAACGAGUUUGGCCUCUUCCCCAAGGAGGCCAAGAUGUACGAAACGUACCUUCCCGCCUUCGAGGCCCUCUACAAGGCCGUCGGCUGGGAUCUUCAGUUGGCGCCCAAGUGCCUGCACACCGAGGAGCGGAAUGGGGACAUCCACUUCAUCUUCGAGGACCUGAGCGUGAGGCGAUUCAAGAACGUGGAUCGAACCAAGGGACUGGACAUGGAGCACAUGACAAAGGCCCUGCACAAGUUGGCCGAGUAUCAUGCGGCCAGUGCGGUGUACGAGGAGCUGCAUGGCCCCUAUCCCAGUGAAUUUAACGAGGGGUUCGUGAAGCGGGAUGUGAAAAAAUUCCUUGUAGAUGGUUUCAAGACAAAGGAGAACACCUACAAGAAGGCUAUGCUUUCGUGGGGCAUGAAAGACGCCGAGAAAUAUAUCAAGGAUUUUCCCACUGCCGAACAGUACUGGGCCCAGGCCUUGAGCACUUUGGAGGCUGAUCCCACAACCUUCAACGUACUCAACCACGGUGACUUUUGGACUAGCAAUCUGAUGAGCAGCUACCUGCCCGACGGAAGUGUCGAUAAGCUCAUACUGAUCGACUUCCAGAUUACCACGUGGGCCAGUCCUGCCGUGGACCUGCUCUUCUUCCUUACCCUCUCCCCCGCCAAGGACUUGCGUAUCAAGGAGUUUGAUCACUUUGUGAGGAUCUACUGGGAACGCCUGGUCGAGUGCCUCAAGGUCUUGAAACUGAAGAAGCCCUUGCCAAAGCUGCGCGAUCUUCAAAGCUCCAUGUACGACAAGCACUAUUCAUUUUACGCUUUCUUCAGCAUUGUGAAUCACCUGCCCAUAAUUCUAUUCCCCACCGAUAAGGACAGCAAUCUGCACAACAUGACCGCGGAAACGGAGGAAGGCGAAAGUCUCAGAGUGCGUUUGCUUUCCAAUCCCGCCUUCGGAAGCAUUAUGAAGGAGCUAUAUCCCUUCUUGUAUAACCGCGGAAUUUUGAACUUCGCAGACUACGAUGUGUGAUUUGUUAACUUACAAUGAAGGAUAGAUAAGUAUUACGAAAAUCUAGUUUGGAGUGUCAAUGGAGUGUGCAACUUAUCGGUGCGACUUUGACUCGAGUCAAGUUGAUGGAACUUAAUAAUAAAUAAAAAUGGUUCUGGUUUUUAUUUCCUCAA